UCCAGCGAACGGUGGGGACGUUCGUGGUGAUGGGAGUGAUCGGUUACAUGGUCAACGUAGUUUUCGGAGCAAUGAACUUCAUGGCGGGCAACGAGUCCUCGACCGAGGGCCUCCUCUAUCCGAUUGAGUCGGAAACACGCGAGCUGAAGAAGCUGGACGGAAUGUGGAACUUUGUGCGAUCGGACAGCAACAAUCCGUCGCAGGGCAUCCGGGAGAAGUGGUACGGUGACGAUCUGGCUCGGUUCCGGAAGACGAUCCAGAUGCCGGUGCCGAGCAGCUACAACGACGUCACGGAAGAUGCCGGGCUGCGCGAUCACGUCGGUACCGUGUGGUACGAUCGGCGGUUCUUCGUGCCCCGGGCGUGGUCCAGUGAGCGGGUUUUCGUUCGCUUCGGUUCCGUCCACUACGACACGAUCGUGUGGAUCAAUGGCGUGCAGGUGGUGAAGCACGAGAUCGGACACCUCCCGUUCGAGGCGGAAGUUACCACUGUCCUCAAGUACGGCGACGAGAACCGUAUUUCUGUUAUCUGUGAUAACGUGCUGCUGCAGGUGACCAUCCCGCAGGGCAAGGUGGACAAUCAGGCAAUUGACAAUGGCUCGGAGCUCGUCCAGUCGUAUACUUUUGACUUCUUCAAUUACGCCGGAAUCCACCGUUCGGUGGUUCUGUACACCGUGCCCCGGGUGUACAUUCGGGACGUAGCGGUUCAUACCGGGCACGGCGCCGAUGGUGAAGGACACGUGCACUAUCAGGUGCUGACCGGAGGCAGCACCCCUAACGAGACCAUCGACGCAUUGCAUGUGACCGUUAAACUGUACGAUCGCAACGGCACCCUGGUCAGUACGGAUGUGGCCAAAGGCAAGCUGGAAGGCAGUGCCACCAUUCCCGAGGCGAAACUAUGGUGGCCGUACCUGAUGGACCCGGAACCGGGAUACCUCUACACGAUGGAGAUCACACUGGGGACCGAGGGCGAGGGAAACGAUGUUAAAACGACGCCGCUCGAUGUUUACCGGAUGAAGGUCGGAAUCCGUUCGCUUGAGUGGAAUAGCACCGCGUUCCUGAUCAACGGGAAGCCGAUCUACUUCCGGGGCUUUGGGCGACACGAAGAUUCGGAUAUCCGUGGCAAAGGAUUAGAUCUGGCGCUGCUAACCAAAGACUUUAACCUCCUCAAGUGGGUCGGGGCCAACGCGUACCGGACGUCGCACUAUCCGUACUCGGAGGAAAGCAUGCAGUUCGCGGACGAGAACGGCAUCAUGAUCAUCGACGAGUGUCCGAGCGUCGACACGGAAAACUUUUCCCAGGUGUUGCUGCAAAAGCACAAGUCCAGCAUCGAACAGCUGGUUCACCGCGAUCGCAAUCAUCCCAGCGUUGUGAUGUUUUCUAUCGCCAACGAGCCGCGCACGGGCAAGAUCGAUGCGGACGCGUACUUUGCGGCCGUAGCCCAAUACACCAAACAGCUGGACCCAACACGCCCAAUCACGGCCGCUAUAGCCGUCAAUGUCAACGAUGACCGAGCGGCACAACACCUAGAUAUCAUAAGUUUUAAUAGAUACAACGCGUGGUACGCCAACGCCGGUCGCCUCAACAUGAUCACCAACCGGGUGGUGGAGGAAGCGCAAGCGUGGAACAAGAAACACAACAAACCGGUCCUGAUGUCCGAGUACGGUGCCGAUACGAUGGAAGGGCUUCACAUGCUUCCUGCGUAUAUCUGGUCGGAGGACUAUCAGAGCCGCGUGUUUAGCCAGCACUUCAAGGCGUUCGACGCGCUGCGGGCGCAACACUUUUUCAUCGGCGAGUUCGUUUGGAACUUUGCUGAUUUCAAAACGGCGCAAACGUACACGCGCGUCGGUGGCAACAAGAAGGGCAUCUUCACGCGGAACCGCCAACCGAAGGCGGCCGCCUAUCUGCUGCGCCAACGGUACCACAUGCUCAGUGAGCUGGACAAAAGCCACCUGCCGGACGAUCUGUUCCUGUACACCGUUCCCCACACGAGCUCCCAGUUGACGGAACGUUCCGAGCUGUAACGGCGUAACUGCUAUCCCGGGUGUGGCCACCGCCGGGGCCACACACGUUUUACAACCCGCCACACACCGCCUUCUGUAUUAUUUUGUAUCGAAGAUAAGAGAUAAAGCGGAGAUUUUUUCCGCAUUUUGG